AUGAAGCCAAGGGUAGCACAGAUAUAUGUAGGCAAAGGGCCUCCAACCCGUCAUGUGCAACUACUACCCAAAAAUACAGAAGAUCAUGUUGAACCAAAAUCGAGCACUACAAACCCUAUCGCAAUCCAAGAAAAGUCGGAAAAAAGGGUUGGAAUAAAUAAAGAGAAUAUUGUUGUCGGUUAUGGGCCCCCGACACCACCCACCACCCAGGGCAAGGUAAAACCAAAAAUUCCACCCAGCAAUAUUAUAGUCGGGAAGGGUAGUCCAUUAAAAUUAAAGCAGAAUGAGGCGCAAUUGGCUUCCAAAACGUCACGCAGUCGUAGUGCUAUACAGACGGAUUGGACACUUACAGCAAGGAGAUUAUCGAAAGAGAUGAUAUCGGAGAUAACACGAGAUUUAAUAUCAUCAGACUCAUUAUCAUCAUAUCUACAUCACGAUGAUGAUACAUCAGUAUCAUCUACGAAGUUAUCUUCUGCCAAAUCAAGCCUGUAUACAUCGAGGGCCAGCAGUGUCGAGGUUGAUGGCAUUAAAUCUCACGGGUCGGUACAACGUAAACCGACAUUGGAUGCGCAAAAGACGAUGCCAAUGGAGGUUGACAAAGGUUUACAAGAUGAAAGCAGCGUGCAAAGAAUAGUGUCAGCUGCAUCUCGUGGUGAAACAUCUGAGGUGGUUGAUAUAACCGACGUGGGUUUGGAACACUCGGGCGACUAUGUUCCCCGGGAACCUACGGAUAUAUCCAGUGCCCAAACAGUCUCUGCAACGACUACAGUAGAUAAACAAGAAGUUGGAAGUAGCUAUGCAUCGGCGAGCGAUAAUCAGACGUUAGAGUCAAAAUCUACGUUACAGGGAACAACCGACGUCGACCCCGUGAGCAAUGUCAACAAGAUGGAUGCGUUCAGACGUGUCGCCAACAAAUUCAAGAUGAUAUCACAUAUGCUGUUCGCACGAGAAGAAGAGAUGUUGCCAUUGGAUGCCUAUGGGUACGCCGUGCGCCGCAGCACAUCGAAUGCCAGCGAUCGUUCGUUAUUACUUUCGCCACGUAAUUCGGGUAGUAUGAAUAGCGAUCUGUGCGGAUCCUCAGAUUCCAACGCAGAUGAAAGAUUGGCCGGCAUGACGGAUACUAAGAUAGGACGUAGAGCAGGAUUGCGCCUGGAUGCUAUUACAAAGAAGUACAACAGGCUGAGCGAAGCCCUGGAUCAACUGGGUGUACGCCAAACCAGAACCAUAUCGGAACCUCCAUUCACACAACACAAGCCAACUGUGUCAGGGCUGUGGUCAAAGCCAGGUGGUACGGCGACACUAAGGAAUGAUGCGGAAAACAUCGAAGAGAACUUUCCCGCACUGUACAGUGUGUUCAAGAGGUGUAAGCCAGGUACCACACAGGGUAUGCUCUAA